CUUGGGUCUCUGCUCCUCCCACAUCCGCCUCGCACCCGAACAAGAAAAGGUUCAGUGCGUGUGUAGUAAAGUUGCACGAGGAGCAGCCCAACCCAGCACAGCGGCAUGGCGACCGAGAACAAGGCGCUCAACCCCGUGUGGGCGGCAGCCAGGCCCUUUGUCAAUGGCGGCCUGUCAGGCAUGAUGUCAACGGUCAUCAUCCAGCCCAUUGAUAUGGUGAAAGUCCGCAUUCAACUGGGCGAGAAGGGCAGCCCGUUCUCCAUUGCUGCCAACAUGAUUCGGAACCAGGGCGUGGGCUCUCUGUACAAGGGCCUGUCUGCCGGCCUGCUGCGCCAGGCCACAUACACCACCGCCCGCCUGGGCAUCUACAACAACAUCUUCGAGGCAGCCAAGAAGAUGAACGACAACAAGCCCCUGCCGCUGUGGCAGAAGGCGGUGUGCGGCCUGACAGCCGGCGGGCUGGGCGCGCUGGUCGGCUCGCCAGCAGAUCUGUCGCUGAUCCGCAUGCAGGCAGACACUACGCUGCCAGCUGAGCAGCGCCGCAACUACAAGGGUGUCUUUGAUGCCCUGACCCGCAUCGUCAAGGAUGAGGGCAUGGGUGGCCUGUUCACCGGCGCCGGCCCCACCGUUGUGCGCGCAUGCGCCCUCAACAUGGGCAUGCUUGCCUCCAAUGACCAGGCCAAGGAGAUUCUGGAGGAUAUGGGCUUCGGCGGCACCCCCGUGGUGGUGGGCGGCGCCACCAUUGCUGGCUUCUUCGCGGCAGCGUGCUCGCUGCCGUUUGACUAUGUGAAGACCCAGAUGCAGAAGAUGAAGCCCGACCCCAUCACAGGGGAGGUUCCCUACAAGAGCUCCAUGGACUGCGCCUUGAAGACGCUACGCAACAAGGGGCCCCUGGAGUUCUACACCGGCUUCCCCACGUACUGCGUGCGCAUCGCGCCCCAUGCCGCCCUCACGCUCGUCUUCGUGGCGUGGCUGCCCAAGCUGCAGGCCAAGAUUGGCAUCUAAUGUCCAUCGCGGCACCCGCAGCUUAAAUGGUGGCGGCAGGCCUUCCUGGAGAGGCAGUUUGUGGCAUGCAUCCUGACGCUGGCCAGCCAUCAACGACCUUACUUGAGCCCCCUGGCUCAUUUCAUGUUGUCGCAUGCAUCGGCUAGACAAUACCAAUGCUCUGUGGCCAGUAAACAGAUUCGAGAGGGAG